GGGAUGAACAUUUCUAUGGGCAGAGCGCGAACACACUGCGGGAUGCGUGUGUCUAAUUACUUCUACCAUGAAGCUUCUACAAAUACAAAGAUAGAAUUAUAAACAGAAAAUCUGCACUUGCAAUUUUUUUUAAUUUUAAUCUAAGGAUCUUUUUUUUUUUUUUGUCUCGCUAACGUCUGCCGCGCGGAGCGGUAGCCACACACAGGCCGAGAAUUGGAUUCUGUUGCUGGGAGGAGACCACGCAGACUCGCCUCCCUGCCCUGCUAACGUUAUUAUUAUUAUUAGCUGGCUACGAUGCGUGCCUGCGGCGGCGGCGGCGGCUGCGGCGGCGUUUUCUACACGGCACACCACUUUACAGCGAGGCAGGUCUCGGGCCAGGUGAUCGUUUAAGCCCAGCGGGACCUUUGGGAACACGCAGCGCCUUUCAAGGAUGGAUGUGGACUUGUGCGCCGGCGGGGACGGCACCAGGAAAAAAGCGGAGCUGCUUGGGCCGGCAGAAGGCACAAUGGAUGUAGUGCCUUUGGAGAUGUACGACUCUGCCAGAGCGAAAAUAGCUGCAAACCUGCGGUGGCUUUUUGCCAAAGCUUUUGGUAUCGACCAUAUUCCAGAGGACCUGAGGGACCCGUUCUACACGGACCAGUAUGAGCAGGAGCACAUCAAGCCGCCCGUCAUCCGCCUGCUCCUGUCCUGUGAGCUUUACUGCCGCGUGUGCGCGCUCAUCCUCAAGACGGAGCAGGCCGCGUCUCUUCAGUCCCACCUGUCGGUCAUCCAGGCUCUGUCCAGAAAGGGCAUUUAUGUCAUGGAGAGCGACGACACGCCGGUCACGGACGGCGACCUGGCCUGCAUUCCCAUCAAAAUGAGUGCACACAUUUCAAUGAUCGAUGCUCUCAUGGUGGCGUACACAGUGGAGAUGAUCAGCAUCGAGAAAGUGGUGGCUUCUGUCAAGCGCUUUUCUACCUUCAGUGCCUCUAAGGAGCUGCCCUUUGACCUCGAGGAUGCCAUGGUGUUCUGGAUCAACAAGGUGAACCUGAAAAUGAGGGAUAUGACGGAAAGGGAGCACAAGGUCAAGCAUCACCCCCUGGAGUCGCCCAGCCACCAAAAGCCUGAUGCCGCGCCCGAGCCGGCCCACUGCAUGCUGGAGCCACAGGAUCUCCCUGAACUGGUGCGGUACCGCAGGGAGCACGCCUCGGGCCGGCAGCUGCCCUUCUUCCCGCUGCUGGAGGACCUGAUGAGGGACGUUUGUGACGGCGCCGCGCUGCUCACCGUCGUCCAUUACUACUGCCCGGACAUCAUGAAGCUGGAGGAUAUUUGCCUGAAGGAAGUACCUUCCAUCGCUGAUAGUCUGUACAACAUCCAGCUGCUGAGAGAGUUUGCCAGUGAAUAUCUGAAUAAAAGCUGCUACCUGACCCUGGAGGACAUGCUCUACUCGCCGCUCGUUCUCAAGCACAACGUCAUGGUGUUCAUCGCCGAACUCUUCUGGUGGUUUGAGACCGUCAAGCCAGAGUUCGUCCAACCCAGAGACCUUCAAGAGUUCAAAGAUGCUCGAGCCAUGGCUCAUCCCAAGAGUGCCCGCCCAUCAGUGCCCAUCUCCAACGCCACCAAGCGCAGCUUCCUGACCGGUCCCGGCGUGGCAGAUAACCAGAGCAGCCCUGAAGUCUGUAACAGGUACUUCCUGCACCCUGAAGGCUCUGACCCUCUUAAGGGGGGUCCGGCCUUCAGUCCCUCUCAUCCGCUGCUCCCUCUGAGGCAGAGACAACAAAAGCAGCAAGGCGACGACAGCGCAGGCCUGAGAAAUCGUUCAAACUCCCUUACUCAGAUGGACGGGCAGCACCUCAGAGGCUCUGGUGUAGCGUGGCCCGACAAAAGGCAAAGACCCCUGUCCACACUGAGCCCCUUCAUGCUCCACUCGGCCACCGACAGCGACGCAGACGUGGCCUCCGGCGACAGCGUGAGUCUGGCUCGCUCCAUCAGCAAGGACAGCCUGGCCUCCAACGUCGUCAACGUCACGCCCAAACACCAGACCGCGGUCCACCAGGCGUCGCUCGCCGCCGCCGCCGCCGCGGCGCGGAGAGUCAACGGCCACAGCCUGCUCAGUCACGUCAACAUGGAGGACGGGGAGGAAACGUCCGUCACCCCGAAACGGCUCGACGGGACGCAGGCGCCGGCCGCGGUCGAACCCAAACCCGCCUCGGACGGCUUUUACCUCGAACCGCUGAUGCCUGCUGUUCUGAAAACGGCUAAGGAGAAGUCCGUGUGCCUGAACAAGGAAGAGGAGAGCGGCGAGGCGAGCCGCUCGGCAGGUAGGGGCGCUUCACGCCGCGGAGACGGAUCGUCAGCCGCCGUGCGCAGGAAAGCCCCCUCUGACCUCAGCCAAAACGUCGCCCCUCCAGGCGAGGAGGAAAACCCGUCAGAGGAGGAUGAGGAGGAGCGGCGGUCGGAUUUCAGGCCGGUCCCCGCCAGCAACGCAAACUGUUCCUCCAGAGAGCAAGCCGGAGGUUUCUACCUUCAUUCAGAUUCUGAGGAGCCAAAGAGUGUCCACGGCCCGGAGGCUGAGCUGGAAGACCUGGACGAGGAGGAGGAGGAGGAGGAGGACGAGGAUUUGGAUGAAGCUCUCACCGUAAAGGACCCAAACCAUCCGAGAAAAGCGUACGGCGACGCCGACGAAGAAGAAUCAGCCAAGCUCCAGGAGGACAUGAACGUCAAAGAGCACGAGGACAAAGACUGCAACGGCGGCAGCGGGCGCUCCAGCCCCUGCCUCAGCACGCACUCCCAGGCCAGCAGCAUGGCCAGCGGCAGCGUGCGCAUGACCUCCUUCGCCGAGCGCAAAGCCCAGCAGCAGCGCUUCGGCAGCAACCACGACCUGCGCUCCAGCGCCUCCAGCUCCCAGCGGACCACGCCGGACGGCUCGGAGAGCAGCGGGCCCUGGAGGCUGAAGCGGGACCAGAGCCCCUCCUCCCCCCUGGGCGGGUGCGGCCGCCCGGGCGACGGCGGCACCACCACCAACGUCCUGGCCUCCGAAAUCGUCCAGCUCCGGAUGCAGCUGGAGGAGAAGCGGCGCGCCAUCGAGCACCAGAAGAAGAAGAUGGAGGUGCUGGCGGCGAGGCAGCGGCAGAAGCUGGGAAAGGCCGCCUUCCUGAACAUCGUUAAGAAAGGCGGCGGGAGGAGCGACACGCUGCCCAGCUCCCUCAAAGCCGACAUCUCCAAAGACGAGCUCAACGGGGAGAAGGGACCGGCGAGCAAAGACGACAUGUGCGUCGACACCCGCCGGCGGGACAAAGAGGGGGAGGGGACGGGUGCCUUAGACGGCGAGAAGAAGGGCGGCGGCGGCGGCGGAAGCUUUUAUCUAGAAGAGGAGCUGGACCUGAACGAGUGCAGCCGCUCCAUCGAGCUGCUGAACGAGGCCAUCGGCAGCAUCCAGCAGCAGAUGAUGCAGCUCUCCCUGCAGCAGGAGGUGCUGAUGAAGCAGAACGUGCCGUCCCCGCCCGCCGCAGCCACACCGCCUGCGCACGCAGCGGAUAAAAACGGGGACUCCAGGACGGGAGGAGGGGGGUUCCACUUUGUGGAGCACCUCUCUGGGAACAGCGGCCCCCCCACCAGGAAACCCCCCAAGCUGAGCUCGGGCCGGAGCUCCAGGUCCAAGCCCUCGGAGCUGAAGCUAGCUAAGGAGCAGAGACAGGGCUCCAGGACCGUCCCCCCUCCCCAAGGUGGAUCAGAGACGUUACCAAACCCGAGGCAGUCGGCCGGGGGCCGGUCCCCCAGAGCUGAACAGCCCGGCAGCCCCAGGAAACCCUCAGCUGCCGAGCUGAUGGACAGACCGGGGUCCGGGCACGUCAGGAGCGCCACCUACCGCCUCCACGACGAGGCGAACAUGCGCCUGCCGACCCGCGUGGAUCUGACGUCUAUAUCUCUGCCCGAGCCGCUCGCCGCCGGCCCGCCCAGCACGCAGGGCGAGGCCGAGCUCACCUCCUCAGAGAAGGAGGGCGUGCCGUCAGAAGAGGCGCAGCGCAGCAAGGCCCACCUCAUAGAGGUGGAUCUGUCCGAACUGAAGGCCCCCGAGGAGGAGGAGGACGGCGCCGAGGACGGAGCGGCAGAGGACGGCGACGGAGAGCAGAAGUCGGUCAUGGGCUUCUUCUUUAAGGAUGAGCAGAAAGCGGAGGACGAACUCGCCAAGAAGAGGGCAGCGUUCCUGCUCAAGCAGCAGAGGAAGGCCGAAGAGGCUCGCGUCCGCAAGCAGCAGCUGGAAGCCGAGUCGGAACUGAAACGAGACGAAGCAAGGCGGAAGGCCGAGGAGGACCGGCUGCGCAAAGAGGAGGAGAAGACGCGGCGGGAGCUGAUAAAGCAGGAGUAUCUGCGCAGGAAGCAGCAGGAGAUGUUUGAGGAGCAAGGCCUGGUGAAGCCCAAAGCGCCCAAACCCAAGCAGAAGCACAAACACAAGGCGGCCGUCCGGGAGGAGUCCUCCAGCGAUCAGUUCUCCAAGUGCUCUUCCACACCCGACAACCUGAGCAACGCCCAGUCGGGCUCCAACCUGUCUCUGGCCUCCGCCGCCACCAACGAGGCCGACAGCGUCAACUCUGGAGGGGCCGGCUCCCAGCGCUGCGACUCCGUGGAGUCGUUCCCAGGCAGUCGCAACAACAGCCGAGCUGCAGAGAGGGACUGGGACAACGGCUCCACCGCGUCCUCCAUCACUUCCAUGGCUGAAUACACUGGCCCUAAACUCUUCAAGGAGCCCAGUGCCAAGUCAAAUAAGCCAAUCAUUCAUAAUGCAAUCUCUCACUGCUGCCUGGCCGGAAAGGUCAACGAGCCCCAGAAGAACCAGAUCCUGGAGGAGCUGGAGAAGUGCGAAUCCAACCACCUGAUGAUCCUGUUCCGCGACGGCGGCUGCCAGUUCAGGGCGCUCUACUCGUACUUCCCCGACACCGAGGAGAUCCACAAGCUGACCGGCACCGGACCCAAGAGCAUCGGCAAGAAGAUGAUCGACAAGCUGUACAAGUACAGCUCGGAUCGCAAGCAGUUCACCGUCAUCCCCGCCAAGACGGUGUCGGUGAGCGUGGACGCCUUGACCAUCCACAACCACCUGUGGCAGGCCAAGAGGAGCGCCGUGCCAAAGAAGAGCGGCAAAUAGCCGAGCGGCUCCAGCUCCGUUUCCAUGCCGCCUCAUCUUCCCUCCAUCCGGCUCGUCUGUCGGCUGGACGGCGGUGAAGCCCUCCGCCCAGCCCGGUCGGGAAACCUAACCGGGGGAGACGUCGCAUGCGGGGAGGCCCGGCGAAUGCUCCCCCCUUCCCCCACUCCAUGUGUCCGGUUCAGGAUUAGCUUAGUUAUUUUUGAAGCAAGCAUGUGACAAUGUUCCUCUAACCUGUAGAGAACGUCCAUUUUUACACCAGAUAUUUAUUAGUUCAGCACUGUCAUGGUUGGGAGUUCGGCCGCAUCCUUCCCAUCUCCC